AUGGUCUGUAAUUGGAAAAGAAACAAGGUGGAUGAGACAGUGCUAAUUUUCCCUCCUUCCAUCCCAAAGUAUGAUGUGCGAUCACAAUGGGCGGCAAUAAAUUUACCUUUCCACGGACCCGCUAUACAUGAUUCUUUCCAAAAGGUAACUGGCAUUGACAGAAGUCAUUUUCGCUGUUUCAUUAAAUCAUGUCAUGCUAUAAUGGCUGAUGUGAUUUUUUCUCACCACCCCUCACUCCCUACCCUCCCCACCAGUACAUCGCCUACAGGAUAUGCAUCAAAAGACAUUUCACAAAAAGUUGAACAGCCACAAAGUGAUUCGACAAUUUUUGAUCAUAAUGGGUCAUUAAUAUCAGCUAUUGUUGGCUGA